AUGAAUUUUAAAGACACAAAUGCCGCUCUUGCAUGUAUAGGAAACGUAGUUGCUUUCUUCGGUUUUUAUGAUCUAAAUAUUCGAAUUAUGUUUGUUAACGUACAAUGGCUGACCUUUCUUCCCUUAGCGGCCUUCAUUUCGCUGCCCUUUUCCCCCGAAGUGCCGCUGCCUGCUGUUGCAGAUCAGAUGGUGGUGAACACGUAUAUUAAGAUUGACUCUGCAGAAGCGAAUUCUUUCUUCCCCAGCGUGAGCCAUGCGGGCCUCCGCGAGUUUUCCCCUGACAAAGCGUUAAGUAGAGGGUCGGGGUAUUGGUGUUCUGAAGGAAAUCAUCGAAAAGAAGAUAUAAUCACCUGGACUGGGCGGCUUAAAACGCGGCGAUCUGUUGAAGGUGUUGAAAUUAACUGGGCAUACGCUCCUGGAAAAGCUCAAUUUCACCAAGUGCUGACCUUCGGCCGCGCUGUUAAUUUGAAGGGCAUCCGCAUAUUGAUGAAAGACCCGCAAAGCCAAUACUUUGGCAUUAGUUUGCUGCAGCUUCUCGGUGGGGGGUUUCCUAUUAUUCGUAUUCAAAGCGGAAUCACAAGUCCACACCAGGCAAGUGAUCUUUGUUUGCAAAGCGAUGAAGAAGGCGACAUCGUCUUAGACGGCUGUCUGAUGUCUGCUGCUGCAGCAGAUGAACGAGCCCUUUGGCAGUUUACGGAGAGAGUUUUAAAAGAUAAUGUCGUACAAGGCGGAGGCCAAGUCGUAGCAGCAAACUGCGAAAAUGAAUUCAACUUUCAAGACGGGAGAACUGUUUGGGAGCUGCAGCCGAACAACCAGCUGAAGAUCCUACGAGGGGGAAACUACUGCUUGUCACAAAUGGGAAGCAAAGCAGGGAGCAGCGACGUGGCUAGAAACUCCGAAGCCCACAGCACCAGCAACAGCAGCAGCAGCAGCAGCAGCAGCAGCAGCAGCAGCAGCGACAGCAGCAGCAGCAGUGGCAGCAACCACUCGCCGGGUGCAGCUGUAGACGGGAAAGCCGAUACGUUCUGGGCUUCUGAAGAAUUUUCACGCGACGCAGUUCCUGAAUUUGUGUUGUUUGAUUUGGACUUAGGCGAUAAAUACAAGUUGAGGGCUGCAGAUAUCGACUGGGAGUUUCCGGCUCUCAGCUACGCAAUUCUAACAAGUACUGAUGGCGCCAACUUCAAAGAAAUAGCGCGCAACAACGUCAACUGUAUGUACACCACAGUUGAUGAUCUUAAAGCCACCAUCGCUCGCUACGUGCGUCUUCGUCUCGAGAGGCCACAUCCAACUCUGGGGAUUUUAAAAGACAAAUUUGUAUACGGAAUUAAGACCUUCUCCGUGUACAGCAAUCGGCUGCGUUCGAUUGUAGAGCCAUGCACGAAGGCGAAGACAUCAGCAGAUGCUCGCGAUAAAUACUUUUUAGAGUUGGUGUCUGAAGUUGAUAUAUCAGCGGGGCUUCAGCUGCAGCAGGCAGGACAGCUAGCAGCAAAUGCAAGUAUUUCUAUGGCUGCAAGACUAUCAGCAGUUGAAGAGAUUACUCAAAAUGCAAAAAGAUGCGUCUCUGAAAAGCAAGCAACAAGCGAAAGGAAUACGGCUUUUAAUGCACAAGUUGUGGAUUUGAUGAAUUCUUUGGCGCGCCUUGAGGAGGAGUUGCAGGCAAUCCACGGAACAGCAACCAUCAGCAGCAUCCCUGGCCUCUCUCCAGAGACUGCUAUAAAAGACUGUUAUGAUUUGAAGAGUAAAUACAGCAGAGCAACAUCAGGCUUUUAUUGGGUUAUUCCUAUGUGCGUUGCAAAGCCUUUAAGAGUUUAUUGCGACAUUUCUUCGGGGGCGACCUUCGCUACAAUCGCCGACACCGACGGCAUUAUCUCUGUUCGCGAUGCAGUUUCAGCGUGCAGCAAGCUAGGCCUAGAGCCUCUUCAUCUCCACAGCCGCAGACAAAUCAGCAGCUUGCAGCAAAUGUUAGAGUUAAUGGAAAUGGAUUUAACUAAUCCAGUUCCAGUUGCAAUUAACAACGGGGCGAAUGUCUUCUACUCACUUGACUUCAAGAAAGACGUUACCGAGUUUAUUGUGGAUGCACAAAAGAAUGGGGGUUUUAUUUCCAACACCGUCGGUUUAUCGCCUACGGGUUUAAUCUUCUUCGAUUCCUCUGCUACGGAUAUGUCUACUUUAAUAUGUUCAACUAACGAAGAUGCGUGGAACCCUCCCCAAGUGCCUCUCGAUAUAACCUGCACCACAUCAGUGGAGGGAAAUGCGUCUUUUGAUGGACCCCCAGGCAGCAGUUUUUUCGUUCGUUGUCCUGAGGGCUGCAUGCACAACGUAGAGGCAGCUAAACUCGUCGGAGGAGAGACAGGGGUAUACGCUGCAGACAGUGCCAUAUGCAUUGCUGCAAUUCACUCGGGGCUCCUCACUAGAGGAGGCGAAGCGUCUGUUCAAAUUGUUUCAACUCCUUCAGAGUUUGAAGGCAGCGAUAAAAACGGAAUUCAAUCAGCCAGCCGCUUAAUAUCCAACAAAAAAGAAAAAGCCUUCAUUGUACAGCCAGCAGCGAGGAAAUGCCCUGUCGAUGCAUCUGCUGCAACAAACAGCAGCAGCAGCAGCAUCACCACCACCAACAGCAUCAGCACAAGCAGCAUCAGCAGCAACAUCAACAGCAGCAGCAGCAGCACCAUCAACAGCACCAGCAGCAGCACUACCAGCAGCAGCGGCACCAACAGCGCCAGCAGCAGCGCCAACAGCAGCAGCACCAGCAGCAGCGGCACCAACAGCACCAGCAGCGGCAACAGCAACACCACCAACAGCAUCGGCAACAACAACAGCAGCAGCAGUAACACCAAUAGCAUCAGCAGCAGCAGCAGCAACACCAACAGCACCAGCACCAGCAGCUUUCUUGAAAUGGAUUCCUUUGAACAACCAUUGUUCAUUCCCGAGGCCACCCUAACUCCUUAUUCCGACAAUAAAGCGAGAAAUACAGCACUGCUCUCCCCACAGUUUGCUUCAGCAGCUCCAGCAGCAGCACCAGCGCCACUAGCAACACCGGCAGCAGCAACACCACCAGCAGCACCAGCAGGUUCUGCUGCAGCGGUCCCUGCAACACCAGCGGCAGCAGCAGCACCUGCAGCAGCUGGUGCUGGGGGAGGCCAUUCGCCUCUUUCUGGGGGUUCGCCAGCUGUGGAGGAGUUGAACGAAGCAACAACAAUUGCAAUAAAUCAAUUAUCUCUCAUUAUAUGGCAACGGCUAGGGGGCUUCGACGCAGAAGUAGUGGAGCAUCUCCGCCUUACAGCCACACAGAACGAGACAAAGGAAACGAAACGACAAGGCGACGCCCUGGCGGCGCAUAUAAAAGUUUGUUCUGCAAAGCUGUCUCAGGCUCUGGAGAUGGCUUCAGAAGAAGUACAAAAGGCGGUGGCUUCCGGUGCGGGUUCGAUGGGGUUUGCAUUCAACGUCAAAGACGAGAAGAAUAUGUUUCUCUUUGAAAUAACCCAGGUAAGAAACGCAUGCAGACAAACGGUGUAUAACAUCUCCUUUCUUUAUUUCCCCUCUUUAAACAAACAGCAUACAAAUGGAGGAUUCAAGCGACUGCUGAGAAUUGUUAAUGGGGCCCCUACAGAGACAGCCAGAAUAGACGAUGGGGGUUUUGUAGAAGGACAGCGAUACAACAUAACCAUCACGAAGCAAAUGAAACGUAUUUCAAUCGUCGUUGCGGAAGUAACAGACGCAGGCGUUGGUGCUGCUGCUGGUCCUGCUACUGCUCUUCUCCCAGCAACAGCAGCAGCAGCAGCAGGAGCAGCAGCAGCAGCGCAAAUAGACUUGAUCGACGGGUCUUUCAACUCGGGUUCAAUUGGCUUCUUCACAAGCGGUGUAAACUCCGCAUGCUUUCAGAAGACCACCGUCAAACCCCUUCCUUGGAAGAUUUCAGACGAGUGGAGUAUGGUGGAGCCGACAGAGACAGAGUCGCCGUCUAUGUGGAAAUAUGCAGCAGAUGUAGGCGGAGAGCACAAGACGAUUGCUCAGGUGGUGAGAGUAGUUGGAGCUGCGUUUAAUUACAGAGACAGAGAAAACUACAUGUUGUUUGAAAUGAGUCCUUCGUUUGCUCGGAUAAGAAAAAGAUUUCAAGGAGUGUACAGCAUUUUAAGCAAAACAAAUCUAUGGGGCUUUAAACUGGGGUCUUGGAAUGAAGUUAAAUUAUCUUUUAACCCCUCUCAUAUCGUUGUGAAGGCUGGAAAUAGCACAACUGCUUUGCCUGUAUUCAGCAUAGGCAGAUCUGAUGAAAUCGUCUCUGGCUCUGUCGGUCUCACCACUUGGCAGUGCGCCGGCGUUGCUUUCUCGUCGAUUCAACUUCACCCCCCAAACGAAGCGGCGACUGCCGCUGUAAUUCCAGCAGUUGAAAUUCCAAAGUUUGAACAAUUUGCAAAUUCGCACUUCGCCAUCGCUCGCUGUCUUGGAGAAAACUCUUUAACGGCCAG